UUCGAGAUGGCAAUUGUGUGAUCCAUCUGAUCAACAGCGCUUCAUUUAUUUACCUUUGAGAUCUGGUCCACCAGAUUACUUUGCAAAAUCGUGAAAAGUUUUGUCCAAGCUGCAAGAUCAACUUUGGGCAUAGUUCGUUUCUCGUGCUUGGUCGUGCAGAUCGCAAUUCGUUACCGUCGCCACCCGAAAAAUUACUAAAUAAUAGUUCGCGGUAACAUUGAACUCGUUGACGUGAAAAGCCUGGUUGCACAUACGUACAUAGCUCGUUCGUGUGAAUGAAGUCAUAAUUCAUAUUCUGCAGUCCGGAAACUUGAGUUGAGUGCAGGAGUUCUGAAAACCCGCAUAGUUGAACCGAGAGUACUUUUGUGUGCAGAUCCGUAAUUGGACCAAUUUCAUAGUGUGAUAGCUUUCAUCUGGCGGAGUUAAGAUGGUAAAAGAUACUCUUAACAAUAUGUCAACUAUAGCUAAAGAGAAUCUCGACGAACGGAUCGAGCGAAUAAAGAAACGUAACGAAGAAAUAGAAAAAAAAUAUCGCGAAGCUGAAGAGGAUCGACUUCGGGCACUGAAAGAGAAUGCAAUGGUCGAAACAAAACCGCCUAAGGAUGAUGAUUGGCCUCGCACACAUAAAUACGAUAAAAUUGACUUUACGUAUGAUGUGAAACCAGAAAAACUAGAAGAACUCAAUAAUCAGAAACUAGAAGAGAAAAAACAAAAAAGGGACUAUAAAAAGUUCCCAGAGGGAGAAGGCCCUCCCCCUGAUCCAGCUUACAAUUUCCUAGCUGAUGCUGAACGGGAUGGUCUGAUAAUUCAGAAACCGGAAAAGGGUAGCGGCAAGGAUAAAGAUUCAAAACAAAAUAAUAACAAUAAAGGUAAGGAUCAACAACAAAGACGGGGUGGGCCGAAUGCUGGAAGCUUCCGUGGACGCGGUGGGAAAAUGCAUAGUCCUAAAUAUCAAAAACAGAACUCACAACCAGAUUAUGAACAAUGGCGUAGUGAACGUGAGAAGAUUGAUGAAGCUCGAAUCAAUAGGCAGAAGGUGGGCGAGGGGAAAUGGAGACGGGAGUGGGAUAAUGAUAAAUUGAAUUCAGAGAACGAAGCACUUUUGCGGCCGGAACGCGCUACUAUUGGUGAUGCAAUCAUUAAUGCAAAGAAAAGUCCCACCCAUCAUCAUGCUAAUGCAGUGGAGAAACGUGGAAACAUUACUGUCUCCGUGUCACAAACUGGAGAAGUUAAAAGUGUAAAACUUACUUCAGCUCCGGUUAUCGGAACGGGACGAGUUGGACCGCGGCAAGUUACUAAGCCACAAUUCUCCAUCCAAGCAGUCGAAAAAGAUUUGUCAAUCAAUAAGGCACCACAUUCUCCAAAACCACAACAGAAAAGUGCUCAUCGUCAAAACGCAAACCCAAAUUCCAACUUUCCACAACCCAAUAAAAAUAUAACUCGUCGUGAUACUGCACCUUCGGUUGUUAACGCCAACAGUACCGUGAUCAAUACUCAGCCCCCUAGCGCGGCAAAGAACACAAAACCAAACAAACCGAAGUCGUCUAAAUUUUCAGCACCUUCUGCUGCAGUUACUGUUCCCAAUGUAGCAGCAGUACCACAUCCACUAGUUGCUGAUUUACCUUCCGAAAGCGCAGGAGAUUUGCUCGCCAUUGACUUGUCACAUAAACCAGAAUUUGCUAAGAAAAGUGUUCAAGAUCGCUUGAUGCGCAUUCGUCAAGUAUCGCAAACUAAUGAUACUGCACCAGCUGCAGCAGAUCAGCCGAACUCGCCAAUCGCUGAUAAUGUAGCUUCAGUAGAGUCUGGCGAAGUACUGGCUUCACCGGUUUCUUCCGAUAAGGUUAACGACUCAGACAAAACUGAAGAGUCCAUGGCGCCAAUAGAUAAAGCGCCAAAUAAUGAAACUAAUUCUGUCGGUCCGGAAAGAAAGGAGAAUAUCACUGAAAGCAAUAAAAGUAGCUGUGAUCUUAUUACCGAAUCUGAGAACGCAGCCGAAGCAGACAGCGGAGAGCAGAAGGUAAAUUGUGAUACAAUUUCGAAUGAGACUAUUGUUUCAGUCUCGGCAGCCUCGGAGGCGAUUGCCGCCAACUGAUGAUAAGGAAUCGAAUUAAGGAGUGAUCAUUGAAAAAUUCCCGUAUUGAAAACAGAUUAGCACAGUUUUCUUUAGAAAAUAAUGUUUCACUCCUUCGACGUACUUUUAUAUUUUGUUUAAACUUGAUAUGAAACUGCAAUUUAAGCUGAAAUGCAUUGCACCGCACUAGUAGUGUGGGAUCUAUUGUUACCCUGAGCAUUUCGUAUUUUUUCAACAGAGUUUCGAGAAAAAUGUUAAACUCGGCUACGAUGUGAAAAGAGCCGUGUCAACGGUUAAUUAGUUUUUCUUUGAAGAUAAUUUUUGAUCAAUAAGAAGAUAAUUAGACCAGCGCUGCGGUGGUCCAUAUAUUGUUUAACCUUGUUUUGUUUUCUUCUACCAUGUUUGAUAAAUCUAAAAAAAACGGAAAAAGUAGAAAUAUAUAAAAAAAAAUUUUUAUACUGGAAUGGUAUUUACCCAAUAUUUGAAAGUAGCUUAGUGAUAUUGAAGAACAUUUUCUACUAGGAAAUUAUGCUAUCUUUCUGUCACAGAACGUUUUUGAUAUUUCAAAUGAGAAUCUUUUUUAAUCGUACAUAUAAUAUGUAUUAAAUUAUUAAUCAAAUUAACUUAUUAUUUCGAUCUUAUUAUGUUUAUUAUAUUUAUUUAUUUAUAAUAUAGAGAGUAACAACUUGCGAUAUGAAGUGAACUAUUGUAUUCAAUGCAAACAUGUGAAAAAAUAAUUAAAAACACGAAUAAUUUUAUAUUCUUGUUAUC